AACGUGGAACACUGGCUGAGCGCGGAAUUCAGUGACUGCGUUCAGACGAUCUGUUCGCGGGAACGAACAGCCACAUUGAACCCUAAGAACUAGCACCGGAUAAGGCCCUAACCGACUUUGCACAUUUGCACAUUUAUUUUCGGAUCACAAGAUCGCUUCUCACUGAAGCACAAGCAUGCUUUUCCGUUCAAUAGUAGACAGUCGCCUCGGCAGACAAAGGCAGAAUGCGUUACCUGCCCAUCCCUGGACCAAGUACCCUCUGAGCUCCCUUCUCAAAGGCUACCAGUGUUUUUUCCAAGAUGAACACAUCUCCUAUGGGAACCUCGGCUACUCCGUGCCCCCGUUUGGAUUAUCUUUCUCCUCUGCGAGGGAGAGUCAGGAUGUUCUGGCUGUGGCAAAUGAACAAGGUAUUGUUAGGAUUUACAACACGGAGGGACGAGGAAACCACCUUCUGAAAGAAUGGCUGGCACAUGAGAAUGCCGUCUUUGACAUUGCGUGGAUGCCAGGGGAGUCUCAAUUGGUGACCGCUGCAGGCGACCAGAUGGCAAGGUUGUGGGACGUGAAGUCGGGCGAGCUGUUAGGUAGCUUCAAGGGCCACCUCUGCAGCCUCAAAUCUAUUGCAUUUGCUUCGGAGGAUAAAGCUGUGUUCUGUACUGGUGCAAGAGACGGAAAUAUUUUGGUGUGGGAUACCAGAUGCAGCAAAAAAGAUGGAUUCUACAAACCGAUUAAACAAAUACAGGGUGCGCAUAACAAAGCACAGACAAACCCCGCAUCGAAAACGAAGAAGAGAAUCAGCACCCGUGGCAUGGCUCCCACCGUUGACACCCAGCAGAGUGUCACUGUGGUUUUAUUUCAAGAUCAGCACACUCUCAUCUCCUCGGGAGCAGUUGAUGGAGUUAUUAAAAUGUGGGACAUGAGGAAAAACUACACCGCACACCAUCACGAUCCUGUAGCCCUGCAGACGUACCCGUAUCCCGGUUCUUCGUUGCGUAUGCGCCUUGGUUAUUCUGGCCUUCUCCUGGACUCCACGAGGUCCAACAUCAUAUGCAACUGCACCGAUGACAACAUUUACAUGUUCAAUGUCAGUGGGAUAAAAACGACACCAGAGGCAGUGUUCAAUGGCCAUCAAAACUCAUCGUUUUAUAUCAAGUCCACAAUCAGCCCAGAUGACCAGUUUUUGGCCAGUGGUUCAAGCGACAACCACAUGUACAUAUGGAAGAUCUCGGAUCCCAUGCUUCCUCCCAUGACUCUUCAAGGCCACAGUGAGGAAGUGACAUGUGUUGCAUGGUGCCCAACAGAUUUCACAAAGAUUGCUUCCUGCUCUGACGACCACACUGUACGCAUUUGGCGCCUUCAUCGUGAAAUGGACGGCGCACCGUCAUCUGUGGGAGACCCAAAUCUUGUUGGCUGGGCACGGCCUAAGAGUCCGCACAAACUUUCAAACAACAAUGAGUCAACACCCGCUAAGGACCAGAGAGCCGAGAACGUUGCAGGGCUGGUUUCUCCCCGCCUCGCUGCUUGUGCUCCAAGUGUGGCUGCCUUGCCUCGACCCUCCAGCACUACAUCACCUGUCCAAUCUCAACAACCCAAAGCCUCUAAUUGCCAAAGAACACCACAUUCCAUCAAAGCCUGGCUAUCCCCGAGACAAGGAUCUCCAAACCAUAAUAGCCCUCCCCUGCAUAACGUUCUGAGUCCGUGUCCUCAGAGCCCGGAGGACUGCGCCUCUCCUAUGCCGCCACGUGCCAAACGCCGGCUGGAGACUGCCAACAGUUCAUCUGAUGAAUGUGAGGGUGUCUCAGAACUGUACCCCGUCGCCAAAAGGAACCGGGCCCAAUCGGGCGUCUGCUGCUCAGCUCAAGGGGGUCCACUCGAGACAGACAAUCAUAUUGAGGGAGGGAGACCAUCGUCAAAACAGACUGACAAAGAAAACUGCUGCCCUCAAGUGACAGACUGGCUGUCAGUGAUGGGCCAAAAGAUGAGAGGGAGCUCAAGUAGUCAGCGAAGCCCCACUGCUGCAAAGAAACAAUCAGGAAAGAUGCCAAUUUCACCGACUUUGAGCUCGCCACAGAACAUGAAAAAAAUCUCCUCGUAUUUCACAAGGAGACCUACGGAGUGACCUACGGAGAGUCUUUAGCAUCCAUUAGUUACUGUUUUGAGAUUCUGUAUUAUAAAUAACAGGAGACUACAAACUGCUUUGUACUGUAACAUUACUCACUCCUUCAUUUAACUUAUGUUUAUACAGAUCCAGAAUAUGGCACAACCUUUGACCAUUUCAUAUUUAUUGUGGCAUAGUUUGUAAAUGCCUCCUAAACCUUUAUGAGGCUGUUUAGAGUGUGAUUGACAAGUUUACGGUGGAAAAUUUGUUGAGUAACUUUUUACUGUGACAACCUAUAUUUUUAUCCUGCUUUUGACAUGACGAUGCAAAAACAUUUAGACUUUUGAGACCUGAGUAAAAGAUCUAUCCCAUGAGGCAUAAGCGUUAAUUACCAGUAGCACAACUAGUUAGCGCGUCUGCCUCGCAGUUCUGAGGACAAGGGUUCAAAUCCUGUGAGGAGUUUGCAUGUUCUCCCCAUGGCUGCGUGGGUUUUCACCGGGGACUUCGGUUUCCUCCCACAUCCCAAAAACAUGCAUUAAUUGGAGACUCCAAAUUGCCCGUAGGUGUGAUUGUGUGUGAAACUGGAUGUUUGUUUCUGUCCCCUGCGAUUGGCUGGCAACCAAUUCAGGGUGUCUUCCGCCCCUUGCCUGAAGAUAGCUGGAAUAGGCUCCAGCACUCCCACGACACUCGUGACAAUAAGUGGCUCAGAAUAUGGUUGGAUGGAUGAUUUUUUUAAACUGUCUUUGAUCCCUUUAUGGACAUGUGCAACUAAUCCUUGCUGCACAUCUGCUCUUUUCUGCUUAGCCUUUUUUUGUGUGUGUAUUUUUGUUGUUCUUGAUCAAAUAGUCCAGUUAAUAAUAUGUAUAAAACACCAAGUGAUUGUUGCAUGGUGUGUUUGUGAUGCACAGUUGA